AUGCUGGCGGAAGAGGACGAUCCUUUGCAGUCCCUUCAGGAAGAAGAUGGGAGCAGAAUUGCCCCGGAUGCUUUCUACCUUCAGUCGCUUAUUAUUGAUGCCUUCCAUGGUAAAGGAUUUCAGAAAAUAAAAGACUAUUUUCAAGAGGGAGCAAGCCACAGUCCUCAAAAAUACAAUCAUCUUGUAUUCUACCAUCUUCAUAGGUCAAUAACUAAGGAACUGGAUAAAAAGGAAUUUCAGUAUGUUUCGCUGUUGCUGAAAUGUAUUCAGCGAUUCUGCAUUGAUGGUGUCAAAGAAGAUGAGCCUUUGCUAAUUCAGCAGGGACUGAUCCCAAAGAUGGUUUCCUGGUUUGAAAGAACAAUAGAAUUUCUGACCAUGGCAGAUCCAGUGUCUGACCCAUCCCUGAUUAAUGUGAUAGAAGACUUCUUUGACACAGCCUUGGUUAUUUCCAGAAGUAGUAGUAAAGGAAAAAUUCAGAUGCUGAGUUCCUUCAUAUUUACCUUAGGAUUUCUGGUGACAGAAAAGACUGUGAGUCAUUUGAUUCAACAGGAGGCUCUGAAGACUUUGAACUCCAUUUUGCAUGCUGUACCUCGGGAAGAGAGAAAACAACUCCCCUUGUUGGAAGGCCCAUGUCGUCUCAUGAAAGACCUUGCAAGGACAAUCUUGACUGUGGGUGAUUAUGACCAGCAGGUUGCUCUUUCUGAAGCAUUGUGUAGACUGACCUUGAAAAAAUCCAGGGGGGACCUUGUCCAUCAGUGGUUUGAAGAUGACAUCAUUGCUGAAGCUUUCAAAGAAAUUAAGGAUCGAGAAUUUGAGACGGAUAGUAGACGAUUUCUCAAUCACCUAAACGACAGACUUGGUGAUGAAAGAAGGGUCUAUUCCUUCCCGUGUAUUGCUGCUUUUGCUGAUGAGCAUGAGAUGAGAAAACCAAAUGAUGAAAAACUAGAGAAAUUUUGGAUUGAUUUCAACCUCGGAAGUCAGAGUGUAACUUUUUAUAUAGACAAUACUAAGAGUGCUCUGUGGGACUCAGUAAGAAUUUUGAAGGAAGCAGUGAUUAAUUUCAGCAUAAUAGAAACUGGAAAUGUGAAGAUGCUUAUCAUUUACCUGAAGAAGCCUUUGAAUAUCAGCAACAAAGAAGUGAUGAAAAUAGAAAUCCAUUUUGAUUUGCAAUUCAACAUCUCACAAGCUUCUAUCAAAGCUUUAGGAGAAGACAAACAGAUGUUGCCUGACCAGAAAAGAAGCUCCUCCGAACUUUCUGGUAAAUUUGAGAAAGCAGACACUGACAUUCCUAGCAGUCAUGAAAGAGAGACAGACCAGACAGAAGAAUCCACUAAGCUGGCAGAGGUAAUGAGUGCUGGAGAUGACCACUGCUCAACAGCUCUCCCCGUAAAUGAUCAGUCUAAUGAGCCUGUUCAAACAAAUACAGGAGAUGGUUCACCUGAAAAAUUGAAACCGGAUGAUGUGCAACAAGUUACUUCAAAAUAUGAAUCUGCAGAUUUACAAGAACCAUCAGUAAAAAUUCAGGAUCCUAAAUUAAAUGACAAAUCUAGGGCAGAUUCUGCUUCCGAGGCGGAGAGAAAGCCAGAAACAAGGAUGUCGUUUAAUUACAGGAAACACCUCUUCUCAGAGAGUGAUCAGGAUUCGAGUACUGGGACCAGUGAACGAUCUUGGACCAGUAACCAAAAAAGGAAAUCCCUAAGACCGUAUUCCGGGAGAAAAAAGACGAGAAUUAGAAGUAGUGUGAGAAUUUUGCCAUUUUCCCCUCCCAGCAGCGGCAGUGACCAUGAGAAGGACGAAGCUAAACUUCUAAUACCGCUAUGGAAAGAUACCUCCAACCAAAAUAAUUCCAUACCUCCAAAAAUUUCUGGAACAAAAUUUCAGAGUGGUUCUGCCCUUUUAACUCCUGAAGAUUCUGCCCAGAAAGCAGAACUUCAAAGUCCCCACCCACUGAGCGAUCUGUCUUCCUUGGAGCACUCAGAAGUUGAAGAAAAUGUAUCUAAGACGGUGGACCAAGAAUCGUUGACGAAAAGUACUGGGUUCAAACAUAAGCUGCAAAACUUGGAAGACAGAGACCUAUCAGGAGGCAGUUUUGCUAAGUCCAAACAAUCAAAACUGGAAGAAGGCGAUGCUCUGGAAUCCCCCUCCUCGGUGACGGAAGAAACGGGCUUAGCAGAAGGCAUUUCCACUCCGUCCCCAGCAGUUGCGCCGGAGAACUCAGACGGUUCUGCUAUUAUCGCAACCCUCGAAACCUUCACUAGAGACCUGAGAAGAAAAAUUGAGCUUAGGUACAAAGGGAGUCCGCUUGAUUCAAAAAAUGCAAAGCAAGCACCAGAUUGCUUAAUCCAACUUUUAAACCAGAUACACCAAUGCAGACUGAAUAAACUAGAGAAGUUUCACAGUUUUGUCCUUCAAGAGCUGAGCAAUCUUGAGAAGGAUAUUCAGGCUCUGAAACACCUUGAGAAGGAUGCCCUGGCUCAAUCCAGAUCAGUCUUCAUGAGGAAAGCCAAAGUCCUGUGUGACGACUGCAUUCCUGGGUCUGAGCCACCUGAAGAUGACAAAGCUGGCUUGGGUCACACAGCGGUGGCCCUGGCUUCUUCAUUUUGCUCUGCUCCAAAUGGCAUCCCUGAGAACUGCAGAGUUGGAAAUAGGACAGGAUACGUUGGUAGUUUGUAG